AAGUGCCUCGGCCGGAGCGGAAGUGCACGCCUACGGCGGCCGGCAGCAGUUUCGCGAUGGUGGGCGGCGGUGGGAUGGGGGGCGGCCUCCUGGAGAACGCUAACCCGCUCAUCUAUGAGCGCUCUGGGGAGCGACCGGUGACCGCCGGCGAGGAGGACGAGCAGGUUCCAGACAGCAUCGACGCGCGCGAGAUCUUCGAUCUGAUUCGCUCCAUCAAUGACCCAGAGCAUCCACUGACCCUGGAAGAGUUGAACGUAGUGGAGCAAGUCCGGGUUCAGGUGAGCGACCCCGAGAGUACGGUGGCUGUGGCCUUCACACCCACCAUUCCACACUGCAGCAUGGCCACUCUUAUCGGCCUGUCCAUCAAAGUCAAGCUUCUUCGAUCCCUUCCCCAGCGUUUCAAGAUGGAUGUGCACAUUACACCAGGAACUCAUGCCUCGGAGCAUGCAGGUUUGAGAGGAGAUGGUGAUCAUGAAUGCAAGUUCCUCUACAGGCUGAGUGGAUGAGAUGCAGUGCAUUUUAAAAAUUUCUUCCAAUCGAAAAGUUACAAGCAUACAAGAAUUUUGAGAGAGUAGUGUAGUGAUCACACCUGUAUACCCAUCAUCUAUAUUUAAUAGUUGUUAAUGUGUUACGUCACCGGUCUCAUACUAUGAAUAUAUUGAGAGUAAACUGCAGAUAAAUGGCCCUUCACUUCUAAGUAUUUCAACUCGGUCUCCUAAGAGUACUAUAACCAUAGUACUGUUAUCUGGCCAAAAAAUGAAAAAUUCCCGGGCACUUGGGUGGCUCAAUGGGUUAAAAAGCCUCAGCCUUUGGCUUAGGUCAUGAUCUCAGGGUCCUGGGAUCGAGUCCCACAUCGGGCUCUCUGCUCAGCAGGGAGCCUGCUUCCCCUUCUCUCUCUGCCUGCCUCUGCCUACUUGUGAUCUCUCCCUGUGUGUCAACUAAAUAAAAUCUAAAAAUAAAAAAGAAAGAAAAAUUCCCUAACACUA